AUGCGCUCUGAGAACACCCCCAUCCUCUCAAGCAGACGAUGCUCGCCGCCUGCUGCCCUGCCCGCCACCGCUCCCGCCUUUCACUCGGGCCCUGAAAAUCCCAUCACUUCCACAAAAAAAAAAAAAAAAAAAUGGCCUUCACGCCAGAAGUUGCUGAUAAAGCGGUACGUCUACCCGAUCUUCUUCGCUUCCAACCAAGAGGAACUGAUUCACCGCAUGUGCUGUGGCACCGUCAUCUAUGCCCUCCUGACGCUGCUGCUGCCCACCCCCGCCCCUUAUGGACGCUACGGCAGCAGCAAAUUCGGCUUCGGGGUCCCCGUGCGGUGGGCAUGGCUCCUGCAGGAAUGCCCCUCCUUCGUCGUGCCCUUCGUCCUGGCGCUGUAUGGCAGGAAGACCGCCUUCAAGGGGGUCGUCAAUCAGUUCUGCCUGGGGCUCUUCAUCAUGCAUUAUUUCCAGAGAUCCUUCAUCUUCCCCUUGUUGAUGAAGAGUAGAAAACCAACACCGUUCUUGCCGUUCUUCUUCGCCUUUUUGACGUGCCUUUAUAAUGGAAUCCUCCACGGGCUUUAUUUUGUUAACUUCUAUCACUACAAGAAUGAAGUGUGGCUUUACAGACCCAAUUUCUAUAUUGGUGUUAUUAUUUUCCUGUACGGUAUGAAGGUUAACAUGGGUGGAGACACGGCUUUGCGGAAUCUUCGAAGUGGAAGUGAGACAGGUUACAAAGUCCCAACAGGUGGUUGGUUUGAAAAAAUCUCCUGUCCAAAUUACUUUGGUGAAAUCGUGGAGAUGUGGGGUUAUGCAAUAGCCAGCCUUGCGCCCCCCGCUAUUGCUCAUGCCUUCUUCACCACAGUCUUUCUUUCGAGGAGAGCACUUCAACACCACGAAUGGUACUUAAAGAAAUUUGAAGACUACCCCAAGGAACGCAAAGCAGUUAUACCAUACCUUCUGUAAAAUUAUCUAACAUUUUCUAACAUCUUUCCCAUUACAUAUAUCAUUAAAAUACCAAUAUAUGUAAAUAUAAGACAUUGUUUUAUAUAUUUUGAUCAUUAUUACUGCAGUUUUAUAUAUAAAUAAAUGAUAUUGCUCAAUCAUUUUACUUCAAGGAGAUUCUCAUAAUAACAAAAGUAAUAGCUUUGAAAAAUCUAUGUUUUAUGAAAUUGCAAACCAUUCCAUUCAUACCACUUAGAAGAGGCAAUAGUGUCAGAAAUCAUUUUGAGCCUACAGAUGCAUUUCUUUUUUGCAAACUUACUAUCUAGUAAUGAUUUGAUGUAUAGAUUAUGUAGGCUUAACCCUAAAAUGUAACAAUCAUAAGAUUUUAGCCUUUUUAUAUAAUGAAAAAAAGAACAAUGGUGACACGAACAGUGAUUUUAUGAUUAUCAAGUUUAUUUGUAUAUCUGUGGUCAAAGGAUGCAAUAUCCCCAAUACUCAAAAUUUUACAAACUGUAGAUAUAUUCUGUAAACUUAAUCAAUAUGCUCCAAAGGGUAAUAUAAUGCUUAAUGCAUAAUAUAAUGUCUGUGUCAGUUUUACAUAAUAUUUUGGAUUUUUUUAUACAAACUACAAAUAGUCACAAGUACAAUUUAUCAGAAUGUUUAGUGAAGAUGAUAUUUUGGAGUUAUUGAUUCAGUGUUUAUAAGUUAAGCUUUGAUUCUGUUAGAAAGGUCAUCAAAAGGAUAUUAAAAGUCAUCAAAAACUGAUAUGAUUAGGAUCAAAUUCUCUUGUAAGAGAUGAGUGUAAAUUGUAAGAAAUCCUGUGCACUUAUUGUCUGCUGGAUGUUAUAAAAUAUCAAUUUGUAUAUGUUUUAGUGUGUGUUUGUACUAUGUGUGUGUAUGUGUGUGUGUGUGUGUUUGGGAUGUGAGCAUACAUGUGUGUGUGCAUGAACAUGAGUGUGGGAGUGCUACCACAGUUGUGUAAUUUUCUGGACCUGCAUGUGUCUUGUGUGUGUCUUAUGCAUGCAUGUGUUUGUAUUACUGUUAUAGGCCUAUUGAUGUUACACAUUAACAAAUUGCAAUGCAACCUAUAAAAUGCAAACACUUAAUUUAAACCAAGUAGAAUACCUCAGGCAAGAAAUGUACAAUGCACAGUGAUAUCAAAUGUUAUAUUAAAAUUUAUUCAGAGAUAAUAUACAUAUACAUAGUAAGUGCCACUGAAAGUGGCUAUUACCUAUUAUAUAUUAGUUGUUGAUAUUUAAUACAAGAAAAAAAAGAUCAUAUAUUAUGUCUCAAUUUUACUUUUAAUGUCCCCUUAUUGCCAAUUUCCCUUCAGGAUUGAAAAUACCCUAUUACCAAGAUUCCUAUUAUAUUUUGUGUUCUUAACUAUGUGUGCUACAAUCCCAUGAUAAGACACUGCAUUCUCAACAAUGCUAUGAUUUCAGAAUU